AUGCCGAUGCUCGAGGGGCUCAAGAUUACUGAGCAAAUGUUCGAGCGGCCGACCGAAGUCGUCGUAGGCGAUCACAUCGCUACAUUGCCUUUGCUCCGUCGACUUAUCCUUAUGGGUAACGAAUUCUUCUGUCUCGGGCUCCCACAGCAUCUUUCCAUCCCAUCGACAUCAUCUUUCGUUCUCGUGUGUACCCAGGCUCUACGCAGAUUUCCUCCCGAUCUUCCUAUACUACCACAUUCAAUUCCAUCUUCUUCCGGUACCGAUUUCGAUUCCGUCGCCACCACACUCGACAGAAUUCACGUUAGUCUGCAAUACAGUUCGGUACUCGUAGAAGGAUGGAACUUGUCUACUCGUUCUGUAUCUACCCUGCAAUUCACGUCAGCAGAUAUCGAACCUGAAGCCGAUAUAAACCUCGAAUUUACCCCCCCUCGGGGAAAGUACGACCCGAUGCUAUUUCUGCUCUUCAAAACCCUUCACCUUCAGCAAGUGAGGACCAUUCGCCUGUCUUUCUGUUCGCCUUGCGAUGCCAAGACCCUCCCACAAUCCAUUACCGACCUCCUCACCAUGCUCCCGGCAUUGGAGUCGUGUGUCGUUGAGCGUAUCUUCGUCGGUCCUUUCGUGAAAGCCCUAAACAGCUCUGUCGGAGAUGAUUUCGGCAUGUCUUUGACCGGUUUAGAUGAGUUGGAGUUGAUGGGCCAUGGUUUUGUGGAGGAAGCGGAAGACAAAGUGGCUGCGAAUUUGUGGGCAUAUGCGGCUGCUAGAGAUCGAAUGGGUGGACGGAUGAAGGUGAUAAGGUUGAGGGACUGCGAGGAUAUGGAUGCUAUGUGGCUAGAAGAAUUGGGCAGGGUUGUAGCUGACACUGUGCAGUGUGGGGAAAUCGCUCCCGUUCAUAGCCAUCCCUCCUGCCGCGAGCCGUCCUCGAGCCAUCGCGGCGAAAAGCUAUGGUUCAUCGCCCCUACACGAGUCCUUCAUACGUAG